AUGAAGUUGGCAGGACUUUCCGCACUGUCCUUGGUAGCAGCUGAUGAUGGAACGGACAGCAGUUUACAUGGCCCGUUUCAUCAAAGAUGCAUUGGAAGCAGCAGCACUAUCUCCAUCACUGGUGAAAUGGGAAAUGAUGAGUGGACAGUCAUCACUUUGCAGCUCACUGAUGCAUUUCGCAGCCCAUCUCUUUUUGUCUUUAAUGGUGGUCUCUGGAGGAAUGAUUGCAGUGCAGCCUUCAUGUCCGGGGCAGGUAAAUUCCUUUCCCUUGGCUCUAAGAUGGGUGCCUUUCUUGCACAGUUUAUUGCCACAAAACACUGCCACAACAUUGUUCUUCUUGGUAACAUUUUCACUUAAUGUGUAUGUAACUUGUGUGGCAGUUUUCCCUAUCGCACUGAAGGUGGCAUUGUUAUACCGGGCAUCUCCUUCCGCUCUUAUAGGUGUAUUGGCAAGUCGACAUUUCUCGUUAAGCUCUUGAAUGUCCUGCCUUAU